AUGGCCAAAGAAUACAAGCAUGAGGACAGCAUAUCUGUAGAGCAGAUGGUAUCGGAGAUCAAGCCAUAUGGAACUCCAGAGUCUGCACCAAAGGUUGGGUUCCUUGAAUCGUUCCAGAGAGGUGACGGUUCACAUGUGCAUGCAAAGAACUUGAAGAUGUCCCAUUUAUGUGUCAUUGCCCUUAGUAGUGGUUUGGGUACGGGACUUUUGGUUGGUGCUGCUGCCAAAUUGAGAUUGGGUGGUCCCCUUUUCCUCUUAGUUGCCUAUAUGAUUGUGGGUAUUAUGUGUAUUUGUACCAUGAACUCGGUGGGUGAAUUGACAGUGGCAUACCCUGACUUGGAGGGUGGUUUCAAUGAGUGGUACAGAAAGUUUUUGGAUGAGUCUAUCGCUUUCGCUUUGGGAUGGAACUAUUGGCUCCAAUGGUCCACAACCAUCUCCUUGGAGUUGGUGACCGCCUCCAUUACCAUUAAGUUUUGGAACAGCUCCAUUGACUCCGACGUUUUCGUGGUGAUCUUCAUGGUUUUGAUUAUUUUCAUUAACUUGUUCGGUGUCAAGGGUUACGGAGAGGCUGAAUUUGUCAUGAACUCUAUUAAGCUUACUGCAUUAACAGGCUUUUUCAUUAUGGGAUUGUGUGUGGAUUUGGGUGCCACCAAGACCGGUUUCAUUGGUGGUAAGUACUGGAGAGACCCUGGUGCAUAUACCAACUUUAAGGGCUUGGUCAAAUGUUUCUCUACCGCCUCGUUCUCCAUGGGUGGUACCGAAUUUUUAGCUCUUUCUGUCUCUGAGGUGAGAAACCCAAAGAGAGCCUUGCCUUGUGCCAUCCGUCUUGUGUUCUUGCGUGUGAUUUUCUUCUACGUGGGUACUUUACUCAUUGUUGGCUUGCUUGUUCCUCACAACUCCGAUAGACUUAUGGGUUCUGGAGGUGCUGCCACUAGUGCUUCUCCUUACGUGUUGGCUGCUGACAUCCAUGGAGUCAAGGUGAUCCCACACAUUAUGAACGCAGUUAUUUUGAACUCGGUUACUUCUGUGGCCACUGCUGCCAUGUACUCUUCUUCUAGAUUGUUGAGAUCUCUUGCCAUCCAAGGUUAUGCUCCAAGAUGGCUUGACUACGUUGACAAAGCUGGUCGUCCUCUUAGAGCCUGGUUUGUUUCUAUCUUGGCCUCCUGCUUUGCCUUCAUUGCAACCUACAAGAAACAGGAUGUCAUUUUCAACUGGCUUUUGUCCAUUGUUGCAUUAUCCAUUGUCUUCAUUUGGCCCGCCCUUUGUAUUUGUCACUUGAGAUGGAGAGCGGCUUUGAAGCACAACGGUGUUCCUUUGGAAUCUUUGGGUUUCGUUUCUUACACCGGAGUGUGGGGAUCUUGGCUCUCUAUCAUCGUCAACGCUUUGAUUUUGAUUGGACAAUUCUGGGUUGCUUUGUUCCCAGACGGAGGUGAAGCUAAUGUCAGCAAUUUUUUCCAGAAUUACGCCUGUGUUCCAUUCACUCUUGCAUGUUACGUCGGUCACAAGAUCUACGUUGGCAAAUGGAGCAAGUACUGGCUUAAUGUUGAUGAAAUCGACGUUGAGACCGGCAGAACUAUUUACGACAGUGGAAUCUUGCAAUUGGAGAAGGAGGAGUUCAAACAGAAGAUUGCUUGUGCACCAUUCUGGAAGAAGCCAAUCGUUUGGUUCUUCAAUUAG